AUGUCUGAUAAUCGGAUAAGUUUCACACAAGAAGGAGACUCCAUGAGCCCAGUUCGUGCAGCCAUCAGGGUGAAGUUACUGAAUUUCUGGCGGCCAGAAAUAGUACGACCGUCCUUCCCUGUUCGAACUGCCCGAGGCCUCUCUCGAAUGUACACCUAUUACCUCGAGAAGACCACAAUCUGGUCGAAGAGCCGUUGGUUGGCCUUCCUCACAGCAUGCGUUUUAUACGGUAUCAGAGUAUACCUCCUCCAGGGUUUUUACAUCAUCACCUAUGCCUGGUCUAUCUACCUACUCAAUCUGUUUAUAGGCUUUAUAUCCCCUCAAGUGGACGACGAGGAUAGCAACUCUCCCGUUCUACCAACGCGAGAUUCGGAUGAAUUCAGACCGUUCCAGCGCAGACUGCCAGAGUUCGUAUUCUGGAAGAGGGCCAUGCAAGCGACAGUAAUCUCCAUCACUAUGACGUUUUUCCCUUUCUUCGACCUACCCGUGUUCUGGCCUAUCCUCUUGAUGUACUUUAUAAUGCUUUUCACUCUCACUAUGAAGCAACAGAUAAAGCAUAUGAUAAAACGUAGAUAUGUGCCUUGGUCGCAUGGGAAGAAAUCGUAUAAGGGGAAAGAAAUGAAGUGA